AAUACAAAUAAAAGUAUAUCCGAGCCGGCUGAGAAAUAAGUGGUAAUUUCACAGUUCUGUCAUGAAAUAAAGGCUACGCAAUGGAAGUAAUUCUACCUCAGGAUGUGCACAAUGCUAAAAAGUUCCUGGACUGCGCAGAAAAACUGGAAUAUGACGAGUUCUCGGCAAAAAUGUUUGUAUUCUACAAUGGACACAGCGAUGUGGAUGUGUUCGAGCUGAUGGGUAACGAUCGGCUGUCGCAGUUGAUCUAUGGAUGGGAGGUGUGCCACCUGCCCACCAGGGAAUCCGAGUCCUUAAAGGAUCCUGCGUUGCGUCACAUUGUAAGAGUAUUGGCACACCAUUCGCUGCAAAUGUGGUUCAGCCAGGAGUGGAGAACUUGUUCUGAGGGCCUUAAGCACUUGCUCCUCUACAGCAUCACCAAAGCGGUGCCGGCUCUCUACCAGAUUAGCGACCUGGCUAAGAUCGACUGGGCGUACAUCCUGCAGUUUCAGACAAAUCCCUGGAGCCUCCCGUACCUUCAGGAGCUAUUUCUCAAACUGAAAGAGAAUAAACACCAUGCCAUCGAGCACACAGUCCCUAUGGCAACUGAAGACGACAUUGCUUUUUUGAUGCAGGAAGGAUUGUCACUUAUAGUCUUACGCCUAAUGCAACUAUUCAACGCCGGCAACUUUGAAGCAGUGAAACAGCUCGCACUUCGAAUGCUAGCUGCUUGGUUGAAAGCACACGAAACGGUCCCAUUUGUGACCAUAGAAAAGGAUCAGAACUCUAUUACCCUAGUGGGCCAUUUAUAUCUCCUCACUAUUUUCGUAAGAGAUGAAAACCGCGGUUAUGUGAUAGAUAAUUUGAUGUACAACAUUCGUUUCUAUGCUCAGACUAUGCAAGAAGCUUCGAUCUCUCAUGACAUUAACUUCACACCAGCUCGGCUUAUUGCCCAGGUUUGCGUGCGUCUGAGACUUGGCAAGAAUGACUUCUUUAAGCAGAUUGGAUUUAAGAAAUUCAAGCUAAAUCUAGUCACCUCUUUUGCCGUAAUGCUGGAAGCCUACUCAAGCUAUGUGCUUGGCAAUCUUUUGAUGGAACUUCAGGCACUCAACGAGCAUGACUUUCUGGAGCACUUGCCACAGUUCAAAGAACUUAUGUAUCGCUAUGUUGAGGAGCGGGAAAAUAGCGAGCAUUUUCUCCUCGAAGAGCUGAAAAAGAUGGAGAACCAACGGAACAGCCACCUACAGCCACAAGUAGUUCAGCUAAAUCUAAACUACCAACAGCAAAUAUGCAAGGGCAACCGAGCCAGUAAUAUUGGCAACUACAAGAACUGUGACGAUGACGAGAAGCCUUUACCAGAGGCCGACGAGGAGCAGGACAGACAAAUAGAUCCGGUGUUUCAAAAUGUACCAAACAAUGAGGAGGUUCUGACUUUUGUGUAUAACUUACUAGCAGAACGGAAUUUUUCUGGCUGGAAGUUUGCCAAGAUUGCUUUGCUUCUUAAAAUCAUUGGGCAACAGUUGAAUGCAAUAGAAAUAUGGCGCUAUCACCCCGGGUUAACUAUCGAGUUUAUGCUCAAUUUGGAGCAGAAGAUGUCUGCGAACUAUGCCGAUUUGGCUAAAGUGUUUUCUGACCAUGGAUUCAUGGAGGCAGAAUUCUGGCUGACAGCUUUCUACCUUCACCCAAUGACUUUAAAUUACAAUGAAGUGAGGCGCUGUUCGAAAAUCAAGAAAAAACGUCAAGAGGAGGAAAACUGGCCGCCAGCUACGGCAGCCCACAGCGUCAAAUAUGAAUUACUGAGCUCGACCAUAGAUGUGGACGAGAUUGUAACAAUAACGAAUCAUCACGCACCAGUGGCCGAUUAUGAUCCCGUGUACAAGUCGCUGCAAGCUUUGCGUCUUCCCCGCAGUAUGAUCAAGGACCUUCUAACAGUGGUUUUUCAGCCACGUAACAAGCGCUACUCAUGGGCUCUGGAUUGGCAUACGCUACACGAAAGAUGCCAUGCUCUACUUAAAAGCCAGGAUUUGAAGAACAAAUUUGUGGCCCUCAACAUGGCCGAAGCCGGUGAUCACUUGCAGUUUCUUCAGAUAGAUUAUGCGAAAUACAGAGAUCGACCACAGUUGGACUACGGCACUAUUGAAGAGGGCUACGAGAAUGCGGCCAAUUUGCCAGAAGCAGAAGAGGAACCAGAACCGUCGAAUGCAGCAGACGAAAAAGAGGUAAAACCCACGCAGCAGAAAAAGAGGCGACCAGCUAAACGCAAGUUUUGGGAUGAAGUGCUAUCAGAAGACGAAGAGGAGGCUUCUUCAAGCGAUUCGGAGCACUACUAUACGGGCAAUGGCCGAAGGACUCGGAUUCGAGCUGCAGCCAUGGUGGCGAAUGCUAUGUUAUCUGACAUGGAUCGUAGUAUGCGAACUGGUCGGAGAUCAAGCUCCCAAGAAUCGGAAACUAAAUCAGACUCAAAAUCUGAUGUUGAGGGGCAGUUGAAUAUCAAAUCCGUUCUUUCACAACCACCACCCCCAAAAGAACCAGCAGCCACUGACGAAAAGCGCACAAUCAGCGAUCUGAUGAAGGCACGAACCAAAUUUAGCAACGAAACAGGAGGCUUUAAGGCCUUCGCCGACAUCUGGAGCUUUGAAAAGGAAGAGCUUCAGAACGUGGCAAGCGAGGGAAAUAACCUGAUGGAGUGCAGCUCGGUGCUUAGCAAAUUUAGGAAUUUGAAGACCCUAAAGAUGUCGGCAGCGGUUAAGGUGCCCGUACAGCCAGAUCCACAGCCUGCAGGAGGAAUGGUUCGCACAGGAUCGGAAACUGAGAGCGUGAACUCCGAAACCUCCACGAUGGCAACGGUCGACUUUAACGAGGAGACCAGUGACGAUUCCAAUGGUGUAAGUAAAGAGCUAACACCCUCGCCGCAACUUGAUUUUACAACGGAGACAGAAGUGUUGCAGCCCGCUGAUGAUACUGAGACGCAGGAGCCCCCAGAGACAACAAAGAUGCAACGGGAGCCCCUGAAAACGAAAUACUUGAACAAGGACCCCGUGGAAAGUGGACAGGAGACCGCGGAGCCUCUAGAAAAUUUACAGUUAAAAGACAAGCGCCUGGCAACGGAACUGCUUCUGGAACAGGGUUUUGAAACAAGACAGCUGGAAAAGACAGAAGAAAAUAGACAGGAGAUAGAAACGUUAAAAUCUGGACAACUAGAAGACCCAAUAAGCACCAGGGAGCAAAAACAGGAGCCUGUCAGCACUGAGCGAACUACAAAACUACUCAUGCCAUUAACCACAGGAAACGAUACAGGAACAGACACUGCGGAGGAGAUCUUGCAUGAUGAUGACCCUAGUGAGAAACCCGAAAACAAGAGCUUGAAAAUGGACACAGUUAAACUCCGACAAAAAUUUAACUCUUCUUUAUGGGAUACUACAGAGAAGGAACGGGAACGCCUCAUCCACGAAUGCCUGACCCGAGAAGCGCAGGUGCGCUUAAACAAGUUGACGCCACAGGACAUAGAAAAGCUCAGGGGUGUACGGGUCCGGAUUAAGCGGACUAACUUGGUGGACUACUACAGGGAUCAUAAACUCCACAAACGUAGAAAGAUCGCAGAGAAUCUAGUGAGCCAGAGCCGCUCACACACCGAAGACAGCAAUGCAUCCUCGAAUAGCUACGAUUCACGUAGGUAUAGUAGGCGCCGCUUGAAAAAGUUUGUGCACAUCACAUCGGACUCGCCAGCACCUUCGGUGUCAUCCACGCCAUCUCCGCGAAUGUUGGUCAAGUCGGUAUUUAAGCACAUAACAUCCGACUCCUCCACAGAUCUCGAGGAGGUACCUCGAUCUUUUUCAGUAAAUAGAAGACGAGGACGCGGUCAAAGUCGGAUAGGCGCUGGACCAAGAUGUUCACGACGAACACCAUCUAUUCCACCGGAUGUGAUCGAGCUGUCCUCGGACUCGCUGUCUUCAAACUCUCCAGUGCCGGGUGCCAACCAUCCUAUGAUACACUUUACACAGGUUAUGGAGAUGGACCCGCUGUACGAGGAGGCAAUCGUUCCCUUCUAGCACCCUGUUCACAAUUCGAGCAGGAAUCUGAGCCGGAGGCGAAGUUCUACGUGCUCGAAACGAAUGCUGGCGAGGGUUGACACGGAGUUUGAACUGAGUAAAAUGUUGGAAAAGCAGAGGAAAAAGGGAAUACCAAGUAUAGCUGGGAAAAUUGAAUUUGUCUCGCUUGUUAGAAUGCAAUUAGCCUUGGGCACAUUUUGGUAUUUAUUUUGGCUAGGACAGAACCAGGAUUCUGAUAAAAUUAUUUACGUGUACAUCUGUUUGUCCAAGUGCCCGGCCUGGGCAUUGUAUUUCGGUUUGCGUUUGCUCUGUGACGACGCCUGCGGGCCUUUUGAAAAAGAACUCUUGCUGAGUCCUAGAAAAUACUCAAUGGGAAAAGCAAACGUAUCCACUCUUCAAUUAACUGCCUAAUUGAUAUGCAUUGUGGUUCUAAAAAACGAAAUUAGCUACACGCGUCGGAGGAGUUCUUGAAUAUGGAUGACGCCGCCGGUGACACGUGGCUGUUGGUGUGAACUUCAGUGGCAAAGUAUAUCAGUAACUUAGGGGUUAGGAAAUUGUUAGUGGUUUUUGAUUAUUAUGGCCAACAUACAAAUUAGUAUUAAUACAGUUAACUUUGAUUUUAAAUUAUAAUUAAGUAAUACUAUAUGUAACGUUUAUUUGCUAUCUGAUAGUUUACAAGUUGCAAAAAAUAUAAUAAUGAUGAAAAACAA